CCCAACAGUCCUCUUUUCGAGACCUAAAAAAAUGCAUCCGGCAGGGAUUCCAAAAUCGGCCAGACAUUUUGCCUUGCCGGACUGUUAAAAAGGCCAUAUAGUAGUUAUUUGUUAAGUUGCCCAGACGGAGCAUGUUCCGGUAAAUGACUAUAUUUGGUAAUUGCGUUGGUCAUGUGACUCCACUCCGCACGGUACAGUGUUUUGAUAUCGUUUCACGGCAUAUUAAGAUGGAGUGGCAGUUAACUUCGGGCAUAUUUUCACACAAUUGAACGUUGCACUUUGUUGAAGUUGUGUCCGUCCAUGUAUACGUACAGUAUAUAAUGGACUUGCAGGAGUACUUCCAGAGGAUCGGCUUCAGUGGUCCGUUUGAGAGGCCAGACCUGCCGACUCUGCUGCUGGUGCACCGGCUACACGUGAUGAGCAUCCCCUUUGAGAACCUGAGCAUGCACAGCGGCCAGCAGGCCAGCAUGGAGCUGCCGCUGGUCUUCGACAAGCUGGUGCGGCAGCGCCGCGGGGGAUGGUGCUGCGAGAACAACCUGCUCUUCUCCUGGGCGCUGGGGCAGAUGGGAUACACACACACCAUCCUGGGUGCCCGCGUUCACAACCCCCAUCUCCCCGGCUUCAGUGAGCGGGAGGGCCACCUCAUCAACAGGGUGGAGGUGGCCGGGGGCUCCUACAUCGCCGACGUCAGCUUCGGGGUGUCCUCUCAGAUCUGGGAGCCCCUGGAGCUGGUGUCGGGGAAGGAGCAGCCCCAGCCGCCCGGAACGUUCCGCCUGAAGGAAGAUGGCGGCACGUGGGUCCUGGAGAAAACCGCGCGUCCGCCGCUGAUCCCCAACGAGGCCUUCGCCAAGUCCAGCCUGGUGGACCGCCGCGGGACCAAAGACCUCUACUGCUUCAGCCUGGAGCCCCGACAGCCGGAGGACUUCCACGCCGCCUCCCACUACUACCAGACCGCCCCCGAGUCCCUCUUCACCAACAAAUCAAUCUGCUCCCUGCAGACACCCACCGGAUUCAGAGCUCUGAUUGGCUGGGUGUACAGUGAGGUCACGUUUGGCUACCAGGAAGAGUUUGACCUGAUGGAGAUGCGUGACAUCACGGACGCCGAGGUCCAGGACGUCCUGAGGGAGAAGUUUGGAAUGCCCACAGUCAACAACCUCAAACUCAAGAACAAUCAAAUCAGCUACACUCUGUAACGGUUUGCAUCGUUUGAAAUAAAACACACGUUCACAUUC